GGGCGGCGCCAUGAGGUGGCCGGUGCUCUGGGCGCUGCUGCUCUUCCCAGCGGCGGGGACCCUCGCCCAGGGCUGCCCGGCCAGCUGCCAGUGCAGCCAGCCCCGGACGGUCUUCUGCGUCUCCCGGAGGAGCCACACCGUCCCCCAGGGGCUCCCGCCGGACACGGCCAGCCUGUACGUCUUCGAGAACGGCAUCCGCGCCCUGAGCGAGGACAGCUUCGCCGGCCUGCCGGCCCUGCAGCUCCUGGACCUCUCCCAGAACCAGAUCUCCGGCCUGCCCCGGAACGUCUUCCAGCCGCUGGGCGGCCUCUCCAACCUCGACCUCUCCGCCAACCAGCUCCACGAGAUCACCAACGAGAGCUUCCACGGGCUGCGCUGGCUGGAGCGCCUCUACCUGCACCGCAACCGCAUCCGGCGGAUCCACCCGCAGGCCUUCGACUCCCUGGAGAGCCUGCUGGAGCUGAAGCUGCAGGACAACCAGCUGCAGGCCCUGCCGCCCCUCCGCCUGCCCGCCCUCCUCCUCCUGGACCUCAGCCGCAACAGCAUCGCCGCCCUGGAGCCGGGCGCCUUCCACGUCGGCAGGCUCGAGUCCCUGAAGAUCGCCGGGCUCCACCUGGACCACCUCGACGAGGAGCUGCUCCGGAAGCUGCACAACCUGCACGAGCUGGACUGCUCCGACAACCAGCUGAGCCGCGUCCCGGCGGCCCUGAAGGAGCUGCGCGGCCUGACAAAGCUCAGCCUGGCCGGGAAUGCCCGCAUCGCCCAGCUGCAGCCGGGGGACCUCCGGGAGCUGCCCGACCUCCAGGAGCUGGACAUCAGCAGCCUCAACCUCAACCACCUCCCCGAGGACUUCUUCGGCGCCUUCCCCCGGCUCAAGGCGGUGACGGCCGCGGAGAACCCCUUCAAUUGCGUCUGCCAGAUGAGCUGGUUCGUCCGCUGGCUGAGCAGCGGCAGGGCCGCCCUCCAGCGGUCGGAGGAGACCCGCUGCCACUUCCCGCCCAAGAACGCCGGCCGGCUGCUCCAGCACCUGGAGUACGCGGAUCUGGGGUGCCCGUCCACCACGACCACCACCACCGCCUGGAAAGCCACCAGCCCCCGGCUCGCCACGCCCGCUCCUAGCAGCGGCCGCGUCCCACCGGAGCCCAGCACGGCCAGCCCCACGCCCAGGCCGGACAGCUCCACUCCAACACCGAUCACCACUCCGGAGGACCGGCCCAGUCCCGAGGAACGCCUUUGCCCGCCCUACACCUGCCUCAACGGCGGCGUGUGCCAGUGGGAUGCUCACUACCGCCUGGAAUGCAUCUGCCCCCUUGGCUUCUUUGGCACGUUCUGCGAGGUCAAAGCCCCGCCGGUGACCAUGCCGGCGGACACCCUGCCGCCGACGCAGCCCCAGCAAAUCGCCAUAAAGCACGUCGGAGGCACCUCUCUGAAAGUGGACCUGCAGAACUACGUCGAGUCCAAGAGCCGCCUGAAAGGGAUCCGGCUCACGUACAGCAACCUCUCUGGCCCCGACAAGCGGCCCGUCACCCUCAACCUGCCGGCCACGCUGGCGGAGUACACCGUGCGGGAGCUGAGGCCGAACUCCUCCUACCACAUCUGCGUCGGGCCGCUCGGGGACAGAGCUCACGAGGAGGACUUCUGCGUCGAGGCCCACACCCUGCAGCUGACCCACCAGCAGCACGCCCCCGUCACCCAGGGCAGGCACCCCAACCUGACGCUCGUCCUGGUGCCCGCCGUCACGGCCGCGCUGCUCGUGGCGGUGGCCAUAGCCGCCGUCUCCUAUUACGUCCGGAGGCGGCGGCGGCAGCGGCAGGGGAAAGCGCGGCCCGCUACGGGCACCGGCUCCGGCCCCUUGGAGCUCGAGGGGGUGAACGGAGACCUGGUCGGACAGGGAGCGAAACUGCCCGGGAAAACCGCGGCACUCGGCACCUUGGAGUACGAAGUGCCCCUCAUGGAGCCGCAACGCACAAGCGCCUCCACGCCCCGGGCGCUGAGGCCUUCCUACUUUUAGGCUCGAGAGCGGCACUGCGAUUCCAGAGCCGGCCCCAGAACCAGCCGGGUGGCGGGGAGGAGGAG